UUUGUCUUUCAAAUUUCAAACCUCUCUCUCUCCAUUUCAAUUCUCCUCCCUAGCUUUGACGAUGGCUGGAACGACGGUCUCUCCGACGCCUCUACUGAAGGAUGAGCUCGACAUCGUGAUCCCCACGAUUCGGAACCUGGACUUCCUCGAGAUGUGGAGGCCAUUCUUCGAGCAGUACCAUCUGAUCAUAGUCCAGGACGGUGACCCGUCGAAGACCAUCAGGGUCCCCGAAGGCUUCGACUACGAGCUCUACAACCGCAACGAUAUCAACAAGAUUCUGGGUCCCAAAGCAUCAUGCAUUUCUUUCAAGGACUCCGCCUGCCGUUGCUUCGGUUACAUGGUCUCCAAGAAGAAGUACAUCUAUACCAUCGAUGAUGAUUGCUUUGUUGCUAAAAACCCAUCUGGCAAGGACAUUAAUGCCCUUGAACAGCACAUAAAGAACCUUCUGACUCCAUCAACACCAUUUUUCUUCAACACCCUGUAUGACCCAUACAGAGAAGGUGCCGAUUUUGUCCGUGGAUAUCCAUUUAGCCUCCGUGAAGGUGCCCCAACAGCUGUUUCACAUGGUCUCUGGCUCAACAUCCCAGAUUAUGAUGCUCCAACCCAGCUUGUCAAGCCACUUGAGAGAAACACGAGGUAUGUGGAUGCAGUGUUGACAAUACCAAAGGGAACCCUAUUCCCCAUGUGUGGUAUGAAUCUGGCAUUCAAUCGCGAGUUGAUUGGCCCUGCAAUGUACUUCGGACUCAUGGGUGAUGGCCAGCCAAUCGGUCGCUACGAUGAUAUGUGGGCUGGCUGGUGCAUGAAGGUUAUAUGCGAUCAUUUAGGAUAUGGAGUCAAGACUGGUCUACCUUAUAUUUGGCACAGCAAAGCAAGCAACCCUUUUGUGAACCUUAAGAAGGAAUACAAAGGAAUCUACUGGCAAGAAGAGCUGAUUCCAUUCUUCCAAUCUGUUACCCUUUCAAAGGAUUGCACCACUGUGCAGAAAUGCUACAUUGAAAUCUCCAAGCAAGUCAAGGCUAAACUUGGUAAGGUGGAUGAAUACUUUAACAAACUGGCUGAUGCCAUGGUCACAUGGAUUGAAGCAUGGGAUGAGCAGAACUCAUCUGGAGGAAAAUCUGCUGAUGCAACUAAUGGUCCUGCAAAAUAGAUUUUUGAUUGACACCGCCAUCCCUUUUGAUUACCUCCUAGGCUUCUAUCUUAUCCAGGCUUUUUGCAUUCCAGAUAGUAUUUAUUUAGCUGGGCAGAGGAUACUUCUAUUCAGCAUAUCAGAAUAUGACCUUAGAACAAUAAAAGAUUAUGGAUUUUGUAUUAUUACUGAUUGAAUCAGUUAUUUAUUUGAGAGAAAUUGAGAUUA